AUGGAUCUUAUGAACCGCGUCUGUAAGCCAAUGUUGGAUAAGUCGAUGAUUGUUUUCAUCAACGAUAUCCUUGUAUAUUCAAAAAGUGAAGCGGAGCAUGGAUGUCACUUGCGUGAAGUACUUGAAACGCUUAGGCGUGAGAGACUUUGUGCAAAGUUUUCGAAAUGCGCCUUCUGGCUACGUGAGGUACAGUUUCUGGGACAUGUUAUUAGUGCCGAUGGAAUUUCAGUAAAUCCGUCCAAAAUAGAAGCUGUGUCUAACUGGAAACCUCCAAAGAAUCCAUCAGAGAUUAGGAGUUUUCUAGGUCUUGCGGGCUAUUAUCGGAGAUUUAUACAAGAUUUCUCCAAAAUUGCAACUCCAUUAACUAAGUUGACCCGUAAUGAUGAGAAAUUUGUAUGGGAUAGUACACAAGAAGAUGCCUUCCGUAUCCUUAAAGAAAAAUUGACCAGUGCCCCUGUGCUAACGUUACCAAAUGGGACUGAAGAUAUGGUAUUUCAGAUGCAUCCCAGCUUGGUCUCGGAUGUGUACUUAUGCAACGAGGAAAGCUGA